CAAAUAAAAAUGGUUGUGGUUCUGCCCUUUUUUAAAAAUAGCUUUGUCCUGUGUCUUUCACAGUUCUCCUUUUAUUACCCUUCAGUUCUAAAUGAGUACCUAACCUCAGCCCUGACCUGUUCUGGUCUGGAGAGCCUCGUCCAGCUGCUCUGAUGGCUCCCGAUCCCAAAUCCCAGCUUUCUGUGCCGUCCUCACCCUGCUCUUCCCUCCCAGCCAUUUUUGCCUGUCCCCUGCCUUCCUGUGGGACCCCUCUGGGGACGUCCCAUCCCUGUCCCCCCAGUCCUGAACGCGGCGUCUGUCUUUACCUCCCGCCCGCAUCCCGCAGCCCCACCAGGACCUGUUUGUGCUUUCCAGCUUUAGACCCGGGACUAUUUCUGUUGAUCGGUGUUGCGGGUGGUGGGGACGGAGGAAGCGGGGAGGAAACCAGAGGCCCGGAGCGGGAUGGAGCUGUGAAUACCUGCCCGUGAGCGGUUUUCCUGUGGGUCCCCUUGGCGAGUGCAGCCUCCCCCAGCCCCCUUGCCCAGACACGGAAGCUGUCGAAGACGGAGCGGCAGCGAUUCAGCGAGGAGGUGGAGAUGCUGAAGGGGCUGCAGCACCCCAACAUCGUCCGCUUCUAUGACUCCUGGAAGUCGUCUGUCAAAGGCCAGAUCUGCAUCGUGCUGGUCACAGAGCUCAUGACAUCCGGCACCUUGAAAACGUACCUGAAGCGGUUCAAGGAGAUGAAGCUGAAGGUUUUGCAGCGCUGGAGCCGGCAGAUCCUCAAGGGGCUACACUUCCUGCACACCCGCUCGCCCCCCAUCAUCCACCGCGACCUCAAGUGCGACAACAUCUUCAUCACCGGCCCCACCGGCUCCGUCAAGAUCGGGGACCUGGGCUUGGCCACGCUCAAGCGAGCCUCCUUCGCCAAGAGUGUCAUAGGCACCCCCGAGUUCAUGGCACCAGAGAUGUACGAGGAGAAGUACGACGAGGCGGUGGACGUCUACGCCUUUGGGAUGUGCAUGCUGGAGAUGGCCACCUCCGAGUACCCCUACUCCGAGUGCCAGAACGCCGCCCAGAUCUACCGCAAGGUCACCUCGGGCCUGAAGCCCAGCAGCUUCUACAAGGUGAAAGUCCCGGAGCUGAAGGAGAUCAUCGAGGGCUGCAUCCGCAUGGACAAGAAUGAGAGAUACACCAUCCAGGACCUGCUGGAGCACUCCUUCUUCCAGGAGGACACGGGGGUGCACGUGGAGCUGGCCGAGGAGGACGACGGCGUCAAGUCUGCGCUGAAGCUCUGGCUGCGCAUGGAUGACACGAAGAAGCUGCACGGCAAGUACAAGGACAACAAUGCCAUCGAGUUCCUCUUCGAGCUCUACAAGGACGUGGCAGAGGAGGUGGCCCAGGAGAUGGUGGUCCUGGGCUUUGUCUGCGAGGCCGACUACAAGCUGGUGGCCAAGGCGGUGCGGGACCGCGUGGUCGCCAUCAAGCGCAAGCGGGAGAAACUGAAGCGCGCCCGGGACACGCGAUCGCCCGCAGAGCCGGAGCAAGAGGAGCUCAAGUCCCCGCUGCCACCCGGUGCCCCCACCCCAGUCACCCCCAGCUCCGGGGACUUCAGCAGCACCUUCCCCCCGGAGCCCGAGGAGCCCGAGGCCGACCAGCACCAGCACUUCGCCUACCGCCACACCAGCUACUCCUCGGCCACCUCCGACUGCGAGACCGACGGCUACCUGAGCUCCUCCGGCUUCCUGGAUGACCCGGCCCAUCGCAGCUUCUCUGCAGGGGACUCCACCAGCCCCCCACCUGCCCGCCCCGUGCGCUGCUUCCCCACGAGCAUCGCGGUGCAGCUGCCCGGCGAGCAUCUCCACCCCGCCAGCGGCUUCUCCUCCCCGGUGGACAGCUACGCCUCGGAUGUGGCGUCCGGCAUGAGCGACGGCUGCGAGGGGCUGUCGGCCAGCGAGCAGAGCAACAAGCUGCCGCCCAAGCGGGCGUCGGGGAAGCUGCUGCGGCGCCGAGCGCGGUCCCGGCUGCGCGUCACCAACAUCUCCGACAAGAACGACCGGGUGGUGGAGUGCCAGCUGCAGACCUACAACAACAAGAUGGUGACCUUCAAGUUCGACCUGGACGGGGACAACCCCGAGGAAAUCGCAGCCGUCAUGGUCCACAACGAGUUCAUCCUCAAGUCGGAGCGGGACGGCUUCAUCCAGCGCAUCCGGGACAUCAUCCACCGCGUGGAGACCCUGCUCCGCAAGGAUGGGCACGGUGCCACCGACCUGCCCGACAGCCCCGAGGCUGAGCGCGGCCCCGGCAGCCGCCAGGUGGACCUGCAGCUGCAGGAGCUCUCGCGCUCCAUCUCCUCCUCAUCCUCGCUCAGCGCUGUCACCCGUGCCGCAGACCUGGGCUGCACCAGUCCCAGCCUCUCGAUCCCAUCCCCCGUCCUGCCAACGCUGAGCAGCUCCCCACUGGAGAACGAUCCCACCAGCCCCACGGAGCCCCCGGCAGUCCCCGAGUUGCAGCCGCCGCUGCCAGGCCCUCCUGCAGGCUCACUGCAGACCUGGCCCCUCGUCUCGACAGCUCCCUCCUGGCUGCCGGUGUCGCCGGGGUUCCCGCAGACCCCCCCAGGCACCCCGGGGGAGCCUGCUCCACCCGCCCUGCCGCUGUCCUCGCUGCCGUUCCCCACCUCCCCUGUCCCCAGCAGCCCCAUGAGCCCCCCCGCUGUGACCAGCACGCCCUGGUCCCCCGCUGCUCCCCUCCUGUCCCUGGCCAACGUCUUCUCGCUGGCAGUGAUGAGCGUGGCCCACACACUGCUGCCCGCUGUCUCCUCCAUCGCCAGCUCGGGGGGGCAUCUCUACUCCCCGCUGCUGCCGCGGCCACAGAGCCUCGUCCUGGGUCCCCCCCGCUUCGCCUACCCCGACCCUGCCAGCAUGGCCAAGUCCCCCCCAGCCCACGGCGGGACCCUGGAGUCGGUGGGCGCUGAUGUCCCCACUGCUGGGGGGGCUGUGCCGUUCCCUCCCCCGGCACCAGCCCCGCUGAGCCCCAUGGGGAGCGAGGACAUGGGGAGCCCCCUGCCACCGCUGAGCGUGUCCGCGCCAGGGAGCCCCGAGAGCGGCGUGUUGCCACCUGGCUCCCCCCAGCCCGGCCACCCCCUCAUCAUCUCAGAGUCGCCAGCCUCCGGUGAGCCCAAGCCGCAGCUCUCUCCCAUCAGCGAAGAGGCCAAGCCCCAGAUCCUGGGCCGGUUCCGGGUGACACCAACCAAAGACCCGGUGGUGACGUCCCCGGCGCCGGGCAGCAGCGAUGGCAGCAGUGACAGUGAGCAGCGCGGCGUGCGGCCGGCAGCCAGCGGGUCCCCCCCGCCCGCGGCCCCGGAUACAGGGGACACCUCAAGCAGCGACUCAGACUCGGCGCUGGAGACGGUGGCACAGGACCCCGAGGCCGAGGAGGCGACGGUGGCACCGGUGGAGAGCGACCGGGAUGUCCCCGUGGAGGACGAGGGUGCGGAGACCAUGCCGCAGGCUGUGCUGAGCCAGGUCUGGCUCUCCCGCAACUUGUCCUACCCGAGCAGCGACGACAGCGAGAGCGAGGACGAGGAGAUCUGGGAGGAGCUGCAGAACCUGCGCCAGAAGCACCUGGCCGAGGUGCAGGUGCUGCAGAGCGCGCAGAAGAAGGAGAUCGAGGAGCUGUACCUGCGGCUGGGCAAGCAGCCGCCGCUGGCCAUCGUGUCCCCGGCCGCCAUGCUGUCCAGCCGCCAGCGCCGCCUCUCCAAGGGCAGCUUCAACCCCUCCCGCCGCAACAGCCUCCAGCGCCUGGAGCUGGCGCAGCCCCCAGGCAUCAUGCGGCGGAACUCGCUGAGCGGCAGCAGCACCGGCUCGCAGGAGCAGCGCCCGAGCAAGGGGGUGACGUUCGCCGAUGAUGUCGCACGGAUGCCAACUGGCCAGGAGUGACUCUGAACUACCUCAACCAAGUGCCUGCGGUGCUGGGUGAGCGGGAGCCCCAGCGCCGGCCCCCCCUCCCUCCCACACCCCUUGGCUGUCGUCCUUUAUGGCUUUAAUCCCAGCUGAACCCGCGCAGGCAGAACCGGGCCCUGCCCUGAGAAGCACCAGCCCCCAUUGCAUCCCAGUCACCAUCCAUCCCCUCCAGCUCUGCCCCGGAGAACGUGUGGGGGCCCUGGGGCUCCCCCACGCGCUGCCACCCUCAUCUCACUCCAAAGAACCUCCCCUCCGCCCCGUAACGUGACAGGAGCGGCAGCAGGGGCACUUUGUUAUGAACUGGUGUCUGGAAAGCGUUUUCAUAAAUAUGAAUUAAAUACCAA